CUUUUGUGUGUUGCAAAUAUAAAAGGCAAGCCAUGUGACAGAGGGACAGAAGAACAAAAGCAUUUGGAAGUAACAGGACCUCUUUCUAGCUCUCAGAAAAGUCUGAGAAGAAAGGAGCCCUGCGUUUCCCCCAAGCUGUACAGUAGCUACUGUGGUGAUCGGUUACAAGCGAAAGGAGCAAGACAAAACUCCAGCAUACAAAGGACAAUGACAACCAGAAAGCAACAGCUCCAUCCUGUCCUGGCCUUGAAAGGAAUUGGAUCCUAGGUGGUGACAACAUUUCCAAUCAAUUGUCCUCUGUCGCCCUCUGCUGUUCUUCUGGAGAAGUUUCCCCUUACAACAAUGAGAAAUCAUGUACUAGCUGCAUCCAUUUCUAUGCUCUCCCUGCUGGCCGUAAUGGGAGAUACAGACAGCAAAACAGACAGCUCCUUCCUGAUGGACUCUCAACGCUGCAUGAGACACCAUUAUGUCGAUUCUAUCAGUCACCCAUUGUACAAGUGUAGCUCAAAGAUGGUGCUCCUGGCCAGAUGUGAAGGGCACUGCAGCCAGGCAUCACGCUCUGAGCCGUUGGUGUCCUUCAGCACUGUCCUCAAGCAACCUUUCCGUUCCUCCUGUCACUGCUGUCGACCUCAGACCUCCAAGCUGAAGGCUUUGCGUCUGCGCUGCUCAGGGGGCAUGCGACUCACCGCCACUUACCGGUACAUCCUCUCCUGUCACUGCGAGGAAUGCAGCUCCUAAGGCUUGCUUCUGAGUGAGUGGCUUUCUGGCUGGGACAACCACAGGAGCAGUUCAACCAGCCAGAGGAGGACUGGCAAGAAAAGAGUUAAGGCAGAUAAAGAUGGAGCGAGUCCCACAGGAUUGUGCAUAUUCUAGUCCUAAAGACUCAAUGUGCUUUCAAUGGAGAGUGACUCUGGGAACUCGUCUUUCAUUGCCAUCUCCUUUCCCUGAAGGAAUUUCUUUGGUUACUUUUCAGAUUCAGGCAUUCCCCCUGUUGGCUCUGAAUGUGGUUUGGGUUUCUGACAAUUCUGCAUUAGUGAGAAAAUGUGGGGCCCUGUGCAAGAGUGUGUCAGGCUGUCCCUAGUUGGUGCAUAUUAGGGAAGAAUUUGCCCAACUCUUCUUAGGAGAUCUUCGGUUGUUUUUCACCUUGUCGUUUUGGUCUAAGAGUCUCCGAAGGUUACCAGUUUCAAGUUCCGGACAGCAAGUCUGUGGAUAUGUUUAGUGAGGUUUAUUCACAGCUCGCUGAUACUAAAAUAACUAAUACACGGGUUCUUUCAUGUGACUAUGGAACUCCUGACAGCUAUAAUUCUUCAUAAAUGACUUUGGGGCUAUAAAGGUGGCAUAAGGAAUUUAUUUUCUGGAGGCCUUUGCAGGUAAAUGUUGCUAAACUUUUGUAAGAAGGUAGAUGUUCAAAGACACACACACACACACACGGAUGGAUACAGUACUGACUCUGGAGAAGGCAUAAAUUACUAGUGGCAUGGGAAUACGUCAUACUCAUAACUGAGAAUUAGUCAAGCAAGUAGGAAUCUAUUCGUGGGUAUUCAAAAGCUUCAGUCAUGUCUUAAGCAUCAUUCUCUAGCAUCUACCUGUCUACGUGAGGCUGUCUAGUGGUGGCCUAGCUUAUCCUCUGAAAAUUUUGUUCCAAUAUAUUUUUGGUCAUUGAGGCUCAAAUUUUGAAUUAUCCCAAUGUUUUGAAAUAAAAAUAGAGUACCUUCAAAUUUGGGCUGCAUAGGUAUUGUUAUUUCUUCUUCUUCCUCCUCCUCCUCUUCUAGUCUUCGGUGAUGUGGAUAUAAGAUCCAUGUAACUACUGUUUGGAAAUCUCCGAGGAUAUGAUAGAAGUAAGAACAAUUCGAAGGAAAUUGAGUCUCAGGACGCAUGAUGGGAACUUAAAAUAAAAAAAAAAUCAGUAUACUGUGGUGCGUAAACUUGGCUGCAGGUCUCAAAUUUUAGUACAAAAUAUGAUGUGUUGUGGCUUCCUUAGGUAUUAUUGUGCGAAAUAGCCAUGACACAUCCCUUUUGAUCUCUUCAUUUUUCUCAGGAAAGAUUGGGUGCCCAUAAGUCAGGCCAAGAGAAGCAGCAGGACAAAGUUCACAAACAACACUGUUGCUCUGUGCUCCAAACCUAAUGAUACUACUUUGAUCUUCCUCAGCACUGCAGGAAGUGUGACACUGGCAUGCAUUAUAUAUACUACAGGCACCUCAAUGUGAACGCCAACAUGAAAAUUUAGUUUCCAGAACAACCCUAAUACCACACUGUCUUGACUAACCAGGAGUGACAGCACUCCCCACUGUUAACACAGCUAUCCCGUGAAUUAUUUUUCCUGCAGAGAUGGUGGUUUUCUUCUCUCUUUGGUACUACUUCCACACAAUUUUGUGAAAGCCAGUGGGAUUAAAUUUUUAUUCAUGGCUUUGAAACAGAAUUUUUUAAAAAGAAACUUUAACUUGAUUUUAACCUUUAUGGUGAUAGAGUUAGCAAAUUCACUGAAUUGGAAGAUGUCCUUAUCCUGAAAGCAAAUUUAAAUCGGCAAUUUGGACCAUUAUAUGAAGAGAAAAACUGUCAUGUGAAAAACUAAAUUUAACACUGAAAGUUAAGUGGGUAUCUAAACCCCUCCCUUGGUUUGAGAUAAGUUCUUGCUAUGUUUCCCAUGCUGGCCAGGAAUUUUAUACACUCCUGUCUACCCAGCUAAAUAGUUAUAAUUCAUACCGGAUAAUGAAAGAAUGCUGGCCAGACCUAGGGAUUUCUUUCCUGUUUGCCAAUCAGAAGUAUAAACAGUUCUGGAGAGAUGGCUCAGGGUUUGCUGUCCUUUCAGAGGCCUGGUGUUUGGAUCUCAGCACUAGUAUAAGGUGGCUUACAAAUGCCUGUAACUUCAGCUCUAAAGAAUUCAAUUUCCCCUUCUGGCUUCCAUGAACAACCGUGAAUAAGCACAUACACAGACAGACAAAUAAAAAUAAAAUAAAUAUUUUUUAAGUAGAAAUAGUAAAAUGUCUCUUCUUGGCUUUGAAAUGUCAUUUGCCUUUGAGCUUCUAUAAUAUAACCCCCAAAGUCCAGUCUUUAUUUGCUUCUUAAGUAUAUAUGACUGUAGCAGAAAGGUGUUAUAUAACUCUUAUCUUCUAAACCAUCCAGAAGCUAUGGAAAGGGACAGGUUCAUAUCCCAUUACAGGACCUACCGUUAAAUCUUCCUGCAUAAUAACCAGAAAAUACUUGGAGCAUUUGAGGACCUUUAAUAAGAAGUCAGCAUCUUCUUCAAUUAUAUGGACAAAAAGAUGCCUGCAAAAGCUCAGGGACUUGAUUUGGAACUGGAGACCAAAUUUCCUGCUCACCACGGCCACGAAACGAAU